GUUGGCUGGUUACUAGUAGUCCAGUAGUAGAAGUACUUUAAAGGCUAAUUGAUUAAUAUAGUUUAUAAAUAAAUUCUGCACUGAAAACGUUCUAUUGUGGUAUUAAGGCUCAUCGAGAUUAAACUAAAAGUUAGUUCACUGCCAGCACGCUUCUAUGUUAUUUAUCAGCCGAAACACUUACGAUAAGAAAAAAUCCCCUUUUUGAAGUGUGAGGUUCUUUUUCAGACUGCUGAUUAAGUCUAGAGAUAAAAUUAUCCACUAGGAUGGCAUAUAAAAGGCGUCAAACAUGUUGCACUGUCCACAGAAGAACAGUCCUACCAUCCUGUGCAGAUGUUUAGUUCAAGUUCAUCUUUAAACAUGUUCGUGGCAGUAUUUACGUCGCUGGUAUAUCUCAUUUCAGCUGUGUCUGCCCAGAGCAACUGUAAAGUGCCGGAGGCGGUGACCAACCUGAGAGCACACAACACCACCUCCACCACGACCCUCCUGACCUGGGACCCGCCGGCCUCCACCGCCUGCCUGGACCACUACAGGCUGAUGCACUGCUCCUACUGGGAGGACGCCACGAGCCAGUGCGCCUUCAAGACGGUCAGGCUGCCCUCUAAUGCGACCAGCCACGUCGUGGAGGGCCUCGGGCCCUGCGCGCGCAACCUCAUCGAGCUGUACUCGGUGGGCUCGGGCGGCGAGCAGUACGCGCAGGUCAUCCUGCGCACGGGCAGCGGGGAUCCGCCAUCAUUGGAUAACGUGCAAAUCAGCUACGUGCAUUCCGACUACUUCGGGCUGAAGUGGGACCUUCCCUCGGACUACAAUGAGCGGUGCUACCCAGGAUUCAGGGUGUGCUUCUCGGCCAAGGGCGAGGAGAAGCACACAUGCCAGGAUACGGUUAACAAGUAUUUAUCCACUAGAGGCAUUGCACAGCUGUCCCCGUGCACGGAGUACGAUGUCUCCGUGGCCACCGUCGAUGGCAGCUUCACCGCUGACAGCAAGACGUCGGAGAAGACCCGCCUCACCAUCGUCACAGCUCCACAGGUGCCGAGCGUCGAGGCGACCGCUGUGCGGAACCACAGCGCGCAAGUGUCCUGGCAGAAGCCCGACACCCUCAGUGCCUCCUGCGCCAGUGGCUACAGGGUCACCAACUGCCGCUACCCGCAGACGCUGUUCGCGACCAACUGCGACACUGUGUGGUCGGUGGACCUCCCGCUCAACUCGACCGGCGUCACAGUCCCGGGCCUGGACACCUGCAACAGCAACCACGUCACCGUCAGUUUGGUCGGCCACAACGGCUACUCCUCUGACAGCCGAGUGGUCUUUCUGGACGAAGACAGCACGAUCCCAGUGCCUUCAGACGCUUUGGUGUCGUACUCGACGACCAGCGAGCUGGUGGUGGACUACUACAAGGGUGCCAUGGACUGCGUGGCCUCGUACAGGGCGUGCUGGAGCUCAGGCGACGGGCCGGAGACGUGCCGCUACACCAACAACACCUGGGGGGCCACCUUCUCGAACCUCAGCCUGGAGCCCUGCGCCAGCUACUCGCUCAACUUCACCGCGCUGGGCAAACACGGCAGGUCCUCCAACAACCAAACCACAACCUUCGUCACAGGCCCGGCCGAGGCGCCCAACCAGACCUUGGCGCUGUCGCCGCACUCGGCGCUGCUGUCGUGGGGGGAGUCACCGUCGGCGCUGCAGUGUGGCCAGUACUACGACAUCUCUUGGCGGGACGACAUCUACGGCCUCACGACCGGGCACGUGAGCCUGCCCAUCAACUCCACCCGCUACAACCUCACCGGCCUGACCGCCUGCACCGACUACACGGCCUCCUUCUUCACCCGCGGCCAGCCCAACUCCGACAAGCACACCUUGAAAUUCUUCACGCCGCUGGGAGAGCUCGGACCCAUAACUAAAUUCAAGUUCUACUACUACGGCAGUAUUUACAUCAUGAUGGAUGUGGAUUUCCCCGACAACUCACAUUACUGCAUCGACACGUACAUCACAUGCUGGCGCGAAGCUGCUGCGCCACAGACACAGGAAGAGUGCGGAGCGCGAGUGACGGGGUGGAACAUUAACCAGUUCAGGGGAUGUGUGAACCUCAAUUUCACGGUGACUGCAAACACAACAACCAGCCGAACCACUUCCGGCUCCGCUACCUUCAACCCAGGUCCGAUGAAGGUCAUCAACGUGACACUGGACGAAGACUUCAGCGCGAGGACCACGAACUUGUCCUGGACGAACCCACCCACCAACCACCUGUGCACGCAGUACAUCCAGGUGAACACCACCAGGAUCACUGACGGCAAGAAGACGGAGGUGAAGGUCGCCGGGGAUGCGACGUCGACCGUGCUGACCGACGUGAGCCCCUGCACCACGUACCUCAUCGAGAUCCUGCCGGUGGCAAGCUUCAUCAAUGCCCCGAGCACUUACGUCACUCGGUACACCACCAGCUGCGAUGGUGCUGUGGCGUCAUCCUGAAUGACCUACUGCUGCGCCGUUUGAGUUCUUGGAGACAACACUCAUGAACAUUAACAAGAAUUUUGCUAAUAAAAAUAUAGGUAUGAGCGUCAGACAUAAA